ACGUCACCGUACAUAAAUACUCCCACUUUCUGUGAGUAUAUAUGCGUAUGUCCUCCGCUAUUAUUCAAUUUUUUUCACAAGGGGUUGGUUUGUCGGUCAAUUUAUACAAAACCCGGCAAUUGUAAGUUUAAUGCAAUUAAUUUAAUUGGAAAUUAGGUUUUGAUUUGGUGGGUAUGACUUAUAAUGGUACGAUUGAGGAACCUAGAGGGGAUUAUGUGAAUUUGGAGGAGGGUUUUGAUGGAGGGGCCAACGGGGAGGCAUCGACGUCAUCGGGCUGCGCCGGAGGCGAAGGAGGGUGGUGCUGGUCGUUGUGGUGGUGGUUAAAGCUGGUGUUGUUGGUGACAUUUUUAGGGGUCUUGGCUGCUGUCUUCUGUAAAUGGGUCGGGCCAUUUUUCAUGGACAAGGAAAUUCUUCCCUUAAUUCAUUGGGAAACGAAAACAUUCAGCACACAAGUCCUGGCACUUCUAGUCUUUGGUUCUGUGGCAUUAUUUCCAAUCCUACUUUUACCUUCUAGUCCUUCGAUGUGGGUUGCAGGGAUGACUUUUGGAUAUGGGUAUGGUUUUCUGCUGGUCAUUGGAUCAGUUGCAAUUGGUGUCUCUCUCCCAUAUUUCAUUGGUUAUCUGUUCCGUCAUAAAAUGCAUAUGUGGUUAGAGAGACAUCCAAAGAAAGCUUCCAUCAUAAGAUUAGCUGGUGAAGGAAAUUGGUUCAAUCAAGUUCGAGCUGUUGCAUUGAUUAGGAUUUCUCCCUUCCCCUAUGUCAUAUAUAACUACUCUGCUGUGGCUACCAGUGUUGGGUAUGGUCCAUACUUGUUGGGGUCAAUUGUCGGAAUGGUUCCAGAAGUAUUUGUUGCACUCUACACUGGCAUCCUGAUAAAAACCUUGGCCGAUGCAUCCAGUGAUCAGCACUCUUUGUCAGCAUCAGAGAUAAUUUUCAAUGUGAUCGGAUUUUGCAUCACGGUGGCUACAACAGUGGUAAUCACAUUGUAUGGCAAAAGGCGGCUCAAUGAACUGCAAAGGGAUGAGGACCUAUUGCAGUGAUCUUAGGAUUUCUGCCUGGACAAAUUAAGCUGGAGAAGGCAAUGCCACCUCACAGGACGAGGUCGAUAUGGAUGCAUAGAGUGUAAGGGAAAAAGGAAGCUUACACGACUAAUAUUGGCACUCUGAAUGUAGGAUUGGUGGUAACCAGUAAAACCAUUUAUAGUUACUUUCUCCUUCAUUGUAGAACAUAUAUGUAUAUAAUUGAAAUCCCAUAUUUUUUAAGGGUUAAAUUGCUGUAAACUUGGCUUUGCAAAUUAAUAUUGCAAUUUGAUGGUAGUAGGUCUUGUAAAUGUUA